AUGCGGCGAGUCGUUAAACGCGCGGCGCCUAAUCCCCACCUCCUGGUGCUGUUUCUCUUUGCCAUCACGUACUGCGUCAACGUUCUGAACUGGGUCUUCUACAUCCAACACCUUGGCAAUGGAGUGGGCGAUGCUCUAAUUGCCGCCCAUGUCGCCUUUUCAGUCAUUGGAUGCGUUCUAUUUUUCCUGUUUUCCUCACCUCUUAUUUACUGGUCGUACGUUCGCGCCAGUGAAAUGGCCCCCCAAACGCGGCGAAAUGUGUCAUGCGUUGCCGUUGGUACGUGCUUCUUUUUCCAUGACCUUCCCGUGGGGUGGAUUGAGCUCUACUUGGUGUGGUUUCAUGGGUGGAGAAGCGUCCUGUCGGGUGUAUCGCUCUUUCUCGUUUGGUUUUGCUUUGCCGUCGGCUUCUUUAGGACCUGGAUCGGCUAUACUUGGCUACUUAGCAGGCGACUGCAGUUUUACUACACCGCCCAUCAGGCGUUGACACCGUCGAUGCGAUAUAUGGCGACAGCGUCAUGA